AUAAACUUGCGAUGGUCCCACAAAAAAUAUAAACUGUACUGUAAUUGCUGACAUGAGAGAUUUUCAAGCGAAUAGCAUCAACACCGUCGGCAACAACACGACUUAAAAUGAAGAAGAAAGAUGCUGGACUUAUGCUGUCCGAACAAGGGAAUGGCGAGACCACAGAAUGAUCAUUGCUGUUGGUCUUACUGGACCAACCUGCGUUCAACUGAAAAGAUCCCAACAUGGCCUAUCUCUUGGCUAUGGCCAGCUCUGAUCGGUCCAGAACAGGUCAUCUCUUGCUCUCUUAUCGAUUCAUCGUCUAGGAAUCCCGGGAUAUCGUCUAUCGUCUAUCGUCUGUCUAUCGUCUGUCUAUCAUCUACCAUCUAUCGUCUAUCAUCUAUCAUCUAUCAUCUAUCAUCUAUCAUCUAUCAUCUAUCAUCUAUCAUCUAUCAUCUAUCAUCUAUCAUCUAUCAUCUAUCAUCUAUCAUCUAUCAUCUAUCAUCUACUAAAGACGAUCCAAGCGUAAAGGCGUCUCAGCCUCUUAUCGACGAUACCACGACUUAUCAGCCCACGGUCGCUGUUUGGCCGUCUUGUCUUGACUCUUGCCCGCAGAUUAAUGAUCAGCUUCCCACCAACGGAAGCGAGUCCCAGCAAUCCGGAACCAUCGUCCUUUGCCCAGCGUGCAGCAGCUGGCCCCAGUGCGCCCGCAGUGCGCCCCGCAGCAAACCACUGCAGCCCGAAUCCGUCUCGAAAGGGCAACAACGGGGGCGGAUCAGUGGCACAGCGUCUCGGCAGACUCCUUCCACCACACCCAGAUGCGAAGUCACAGCGAGACAGCCCGCCAGCUAGCCAGCCCUAAGUACCUAAUCUCGAGAUUGUCGAGGCCGGUCGGUCCACAGUGGCACAAUCCCAACCCCCAAGUCAAGUCAACCCCCAAGUAAGUCUCCGCUACUGUAUGGAUGGACUGAAAGUCUAUGACGCGCCAGUGCGCGCUCGCCCGACGUCGCGGUAAAGGGGACCUUCCCAGUGGAUGCCAUCCUGUGCUCGGCCAUGCCUUGCUAGUGAUGCUUGCCGUCUUAUCGUGCAAUUCGUUGGGAGCUGGCUCGGUGGU